AAAACUAACCCGGACACUAACACCGAAAAUUGAGGGGAAGAAAGCAGCGAGCUCUUCAGAAACAGGUGCCAGAGACUUGGGAGGAGAGAAACCCAAGAAGGGCCACCUGCAAGAGCUCUGGUACAAGCGUUUUUGGGAAAAACACUGUCCUCUGAGGUAUAAAAAUGGAGCGAGCCACUGGAUCAGGGUGCUGGAGGAGGAGACGACAGGCCGGAUCCUGGAUGUGGGGGACCUGAAGGCUCUCCUGGGAAAGGUUGUGGGGAUGGAAACAAUGCUGGACAUAUUUGAGCAGGCUGGCUUUGACAGAAACCAUGCCCAGUCUCCAGCAGUGGACGGUGGGCCGUUUGAUAACGUGCGUGGGGUUGUUUGGACUGCUCUGCGAGCCCUGUAUCCCACACGACCGGACAUAACGACCUUAACGGUACCGCCGUUAAAAGACAAUGAACCACCGGCAACAUAUAUCCACACGCAGUUGCGCAGGUGGAGAUUGAUAACUGAAAGGGACGUACAGGCAGAUCCCAUAAUGACCACCCUCUUCCGCAAAGCCAUCCGGGAGGGGAUGUCACAGGAAGUGGGGCGCCGCCUCGAUGAGGUGGUGGGACUGAACACCAUGACACACAGAGAAUUUGUGGAUCUUGUGGUGCACGCUGUAGAAAGGCAGCGGAAAGAGGGGGAAAAGCUGGAAGAUCAAACAAAAGACAUUCAAAGGAAGCUACUGCAGUUGCAGCUGGAGGAGCUGAAAGCCAAAGAAAAAAAGGCGAGAGAAAUAAAAGAACUGGAUAAAGAGAGAGAGGCGAAAAAAGUGGCAUCUGUGAAAAUACAGAAUAUGGACAAUGAAUUCUUUGACUUUGAAGCCACCCCCCCGCCUGAACCAUGGAGCAGCCUGAUGGUGCCCCAGCCGACGGUGACCUACAACUUCUCCGGCAUCCCUCACCCAGUGGCCAUGCAAGAUACAAAAGAGCAGUGCAUAAGCAACAGCAUGAAACUGCUGGAGAAACUGGCAAAGGGGGGACACAAGGUGUCCAGGAAGAAGCUGCAGCUCUGCUCUCAGGAGGUGGAGUACUUGGGAAGAUCCAGGGAGACGGGGAGAGCGGAGGGACUGCAGGCACUGACACCAUUCCAGGGAGCAACAGCACCAACAGUGCCCCUGCGGGUCCAGUACGAGAAUCGCAAGCCGGCUUUCCAGUGGAGUGACAUGCAGACCGCGUACUCUGGAUUGGAAGAUAUACCAGGAGCCCACCAACUACGAGGACUGCGGCAAAUCAUCGUGCUAUGA